AUGCCUAUAUUGUACAAACUUGUCACUAAAUGUGUGAAUACAAAGCUUACAGACUAUAUCGAAGCGUUUAACCUUAUCUCGGAUAAUCAGCUGGGAGCUAGAAGGCAAUGCCAAGGCGCAAAGGAACAAGCACUAAUAAACCAGUGUGUCAAUAGUGAGUAUGGAAAUAACUUAUUUGCAACGUGGAUCGAUGUCAGAAAGGCAUUUGAUUCUGUCAAUCAUGAAUUCUUAUGUCAAGUGCUUGAUCAGUCUGGAAUUCCGAAUUGGAUCACAAAUUUUGUGAAAACUUUAAUCAAAAAUUGGAAUGUCAUUUUGACACUUAACAAUAAGAGAAUUGGAACUGUAAAAUUGGAAAGAGGAAUCUUACAAGGAGACUCACUCUCUCCACAACUCUUCACUCUGGUAAUGGAUCCGUUAAGUAGGAGCUUGAAUAUGAAGUUCCCGAAGGUGCGUAUAGGUCAAAAUGACCCGUUCACGGUUUCAUAUUCAACAAACCAUUUGCUGUUUAUUGACGACCUGAAAAUAAUUGCUGAGAAAGAAGACACCGUUCUAAAAAUGAUGGAAGAUGUCGAUGAAUAUUUUGAUGCCGUUGGCCUCAAGAGGAACUCGGAAAAGUCUGCGACUAACCUGGACUAUGUGAAAGAUACAAAAUGUCUGGAUGGGUGUGCUGGGUAUCGAUACCUGGGAGUCUUGGAGGAUAGAGGAAGUGAUGUCAAGAAAAUCGAGGUAAUGAAAACAAUUGCUCGAAACGUGAAAGAGAGAAUCGAGAGUCUUGCAAAAACAAAGUUAAGUGCAGUAAACCUCUUUAAAGCGAUAAACGAAUAUGCACUCUCUCUCUACAACUACUAUAUCGGAUUGAUCGACAUUGAACCGAGUGAGUUUGAUGCCAUUGAUCUGGUAAUUCGUCGCAUUCUAACUACUUUACGAAUCCAUCUGAAGCCCGCUAAUAAAGAAAGAUUAUAUCUCGGCAGAAAUGGUUUGGAAGAGGCUUAA